GAAACAUGUACGGUCAAGCACAAUAACAGGGCCUGCUGCUACCUAUGAACUCCACAUGCUGCCACUGGGUGAAUGCAUUGCAUACAAAACAUUGGCUGCGCAAUCCAUAAUCGCGAAAUGUCACCUGUAAACAUCCUCAUCUAGCUUCCCUAAUAUCAUCUGCAAGCGUCCAUUGUGUUUCUCCACGUAUCCGUGUUAUUGCACGCCCUCUGAUCCUUCACCCCAAGCAACUUGCUUGCGUGCAGCCUGACAAGGAUCUGUGCAACACCUCCGCCAACUUCCUACGCACGCAAUUCGAGAUCGACCGUGUACAGCAAAGACAUUCCAGCCACACUUGCAUGUCAAAAGACGAACGCUCAUUGAUGCGAUGAUCUCGACAAGAAUUCCUCGAUGAGCUCGACCCCAGAUGCGGGCGAGAAAAUCCUUCGUGAUGAAGACCAGCAUGAUACCGGCGAGCAUUACGAGGGCGAGGCACUGGACGACAUAGAUGCAGACGUUCCGGAUGUAGUGCCUCCAGCACACGAUGCCGCGGACGAUAGUUACUUCUCGCCCAGGCAAGACGAAUCCAGGGAGAAGAGGGACAGUCACAUACAAGCCGAGGAAAACUCGAGUCCAUUGCCCUCCAACGGCGGAGACCCUCUCGCACAUCUACACAACGAAGACAAUAUUUUGAGUGCAGAUGGAUCCAUCUCAACCCCAGAUGAUACCCCGUCGAUUCGAGACUCGCUUCUAUCAUCACCUCGCAGUGAAACCGCCUCAUUCCGCGGCCCAUCCAGAAGAGGCAGCCCCUCAGCCGUGCACCGACCUUUCGAUCUGAGAUUCCAGUCUCGUCUAUCCAGCUAUAAUUUGUCACCGCUUCGGUCCAGCUCACCUGCUUUUCUUGGGUCACAUUCCCGUCGGUCCUCGAUUGCGAGCUUGGGUCUCCAGACACCGUCCGAACCAGAUGAUACCACUAGUCCAUGGGACGUUAUAAGGUGGACUAAAUACAGAAAGAUCACAGGCCAGGCGUUCUCGGAAAUUGGAAGGAGAAACUUUGGCAGUCCGACAUGUCUAGCCGUUGCAGACCAGGUCGUUGUAGGGACCUCCAAGGGCAUCGUGUUGGUCUUUGACCAUCAGCAGAAUCACAAAGCCAUCAUCGGCAGUGGAACAAAGGCGGCAGAGAGUGGCGCCGUCACGGCUCUGGCAGUAUCUGCCGACCAUACGACGGUCGCGGUAGGGCAUGCUACAGGUCACAUCUUCACAUGGGAGUUGGCCCGCACUGCACGCCCAUUCCUUCAUAUUCAGCCUAUCGAUAAUUCACAACCGCAGGCAAGGAAGGGUGAUGGGCACAUAUUGGGUAGUGCUGUCGUGCAUGUGGGAUUUCUGGGCUAUCGGCACACGGCACUCGUCUCCGCCGACGACAAGGGAAUGGCAUUCUCUCAUCUCGCAACUCGAGGAAUGGGAGCUGUUGGCCGUGCUGUUCGCACCACGCGCAUACUGGGAAGAUACCCAGAGUUGGUGUCUCGUUCGACAAAGCCUUUGAAGAAAAGCUCAGUCUUGGCCUUUUCUCCGCUGCCAUUGGGGAACAUCGAGCAGAAAACCGACACCAUGGGAUUAGUAGCGAUGAUGACUCCAUACUUGCUGGUAAUAGUGUCUACCACGCCUGUUGCCCAGACACAGCACAAGGCUGCUAGGCCCAGGGACGUGGCCGCUCACAGUGCCAUGACUGCCGCACUUGCUUGGUUUCCGGCCAUCAAGCUCAAGUCACAAGAGUCCGAGAUUUCCAAGACGAAGCUCGUUUAUGCCUGGUCGAAUGUUCUUACCGUACUGGAAGUUCAUGAAGUACAAUCCGAGGAUGAUAUGGGCAAGGAGAAGCCACCAGAACUGCAGUUCCUGGCGCGCAGCAGGUUUCAGUCCGACGAGGCAAUUGUUGCUGUACAGUGGUUGAACAAGUCUGUUAUGGCAGUCUUGACCAUUACCCAGCAAUUGCUCAUAAUCGAAGAUCUUACGAUGCAUGUGACAGAGGCGUUCGAUUUGUUGAGUAAGAAUGUCUACCAUGCGGACCUCUAUUCGCAACAACUGCAGGCUAUCAUUGAGUCGCUUGACGAAGAAGACGCCUCCAUGCAUGGAGUAGUGGCGGAUGCUUUUCACAUGAGCUUUCGAGCAUACAAAGGCAGGUUGUUCCUGCUUGGUGUAAAUGACAUCUGGACAGGCGCCUUGACAAAUUGGGCCGACCGCCUUCUGGCCUUGAUGAACAUUGGAGACUUCAUUGGCGCAAUUCGACUUGCAACCAAGUAUUAUUUGGGUCAAGGCGAGAAAGCGACGAUUGGUCUUCCUGAGGAAGACAAUAUUCGUUCCGACAUGGUUCGCGACAAGCUAACCGAAAUGAUGACAGCUUCGCUGAAAUACGCAUUUGGGAAGAAUCAGCAAGCAGGCAAUGAGCCCAUCGAGAAGCCUCAGAUGAUUGAAUUGGCCGACGCAUGCAUCAAGGCCUGUCUGGUCAUGGAAGAUCAAGACUUCCUUUUCGAAGAAGUCUUCGCUUGGUACGAUGACAAUGACCACGGACCGCUUUUUGUGAACAUCCUGGAACCAUACAUCCUUGAUCAAACGGUGUUGUCCAUACCGCCACCUGCACUGAAGACUUUGAUCGAUCACUUUGUCAUAACACAUACGCCAUCAACUCUAGAAGAAAUCAUCUGUAUGCUGGACACGUCAACAAUGGAUCUCGACCAAGUGACAAGUCUCUGCAAGCGUUACAAGCUGUAUGACGCAUACAUUUAUGUGUGGACGAUGGCAUUGCGCGACUUCGAAACACCGUUGAGCCUACUCCUUGACUUUGCCGAUGCCGACGAUGACAAUUCGAAACAACAAAACGGCGAUGCGAGUGAUCACUAUAGCAUAGCGCAAAAGAUCUUCCCCUACAUUUCGUUCAUCUUGACGAGUCGCAUAUACCCAACGGGUACAGUUAUGGAAGGCGAUGAGUCUAGGCUGGCCCAAAAUCAGGUGUAUGACUAUUUCUUCUCUGGGAAGUCAACGUCGAAUGGGGUGUCGACGACACCCAAAUCAUCAGUUAGAAGAAAGUCUGCCGACUCUUUCGAAAAUCUGUCUCGGGUACUGCAUUUUGAGGCAGGAGCGUUUAUUGCGGCCAUGAACGAAGCCUUCGAGGACAACUUUCUGAACAGCAGCGACGCUGACUCAACAGCCAGCCUAGGUCAACGGACACCCUUGAAUACGCACAUCUAUACACGCCAGUAUAUCGUACGAAUAUUGCUUGAAGUAAUGUCCACUGAUUUCGACCCGGAUGAGACCAUCUAUCUGGACAUGUUCAUUGCAAGAAAUUUGGCUAAAUAUCCCCAAUACAUCGUGCUCUCGGGUACGGUUCUGCAAGAGAUUUUCAACCGACUUUGUCAGUAUCCGGAGGACGAUAUGCAAGAAGAUGCUCAGCUGAGCAUGGAAUAUCUCUUGUCGGUCUUUCAGCCACCGAGCAUACUCAGUCUGGUCCCACUCCUUCAGCAGGCCAGGUUCUAUCGCGUCCUCAAAUCUGUCUUCAAACAGGAAGGCCGUUACUCCGAGAUGAUCCACACUUUUUUUCUUGAUGACGAGGAUCAGCAAGAGGUAUUCCCAGCCAUACUUGCUUGCCUGCGCCCUGGAUCGUCUCUCACCGAGCAACAAAGGCACGAAGUCAGGAAGACCAUCGAGGAGCACAUCCCGGAUCUUAUCAACAUCGACAUUUCGACGACCGCAAUGACACUCGACGCUGUUGCAGCGGACAUGCACCGCCUAUGUCUUCAAGCCCUUGCUAACGACUCUUACGGUGGGUACGAGUACCUCAAAACGUUGUUGGAGCCCGAGGAACAAGCGCACCGGCACCAGAACUAUGAUAACGAGCUCGUGGAGCUGUAUGUCCGGCUUCUAUGCGAGUUCGACCCUGCACAUGUGAAGGACUAUGUCGAGAAUGUGAAAGAAGGCGAUAUCAGACUUGAGGAGGUCCUGCCAACCAUCGAAGAUAGCGGCAUCAUCGAUGCUGUUGUCAUUCUACAAGUUCGGCAAGGACAUGUCAAAGAAGCCAUGGAUCGACUGAAUAGGCAUCUUUCCUUCCUCAGCUCCACGCUCCACGCGCUUACAUCCGAAUUUCCCGAUCAGCCCGACGACGCGUCCAUCAAGCACAGCGCUACAGGCGUGCUUGAGUCGAUCAAAAAGUAUGCGCUCGUCGGCGUCUGGCUGUGCCAAGGACAGAUGAAGAAUGCACCAAAGCCUACCGUCUCCAAGUCACCGAAACGUGCAGCAAGUGCGGCACGGCCCUUGUCCUUCGAAGAGACUCUUUGGCUAGACCUGAUCUUGUCUGUGGUGUCAAUAGCGCGAGAUUCGUCUGUCACUUCAACACGGUCAACCAGUGAGCAGGCGGACGAGACACAGGCCGAAGUCACGACUUCGCUGCGCAAUACGGUUCAGCAAGUCUUUACGGUGUUGCUGACCAGCACGACUUCGAUGAGGGAUGGGGCUGGUAGUCAGGACAUGGUUUUUCUACGAAUUCUGCGGGCGUUCCUUACUCAGGCGGCGCAAGCAAGCCCUUCACUGUCAGAGCUGCGCAACGUGAUCGCGUCCAUCUUUUCGGCAUAUGCAUACGAGCAGUCGAUCCUGGCGCUCUCGAAUGCAAUGCUUGACAAGGAUGUCUUUGUGCAGCUUGACGAUGUGAGUGCUCUUAGGCAGCAUGGGUGGAGGCCCCGAGGACAGGUGUGUGAAGUAUGUCGCCGGCGCGUCUGGGGACCAGGAAUCGGUCAGAGAGUAUGGGAAGAGUGGCAGCGGAAGGAGCACGUUAGACUGGCGAGGCGAAGACAGGCGGUGCAAGAUAGCCAGCUUGAAGAAGAUGACGGUGAGCGCGGAAAGGGCAAAGCUGCUGUGGGAGUGAGUUCGCGUGGGUCGACCGAGAAUAGUGGUGACGAUGACGAUAACGCCUCAAUUGCGGAAGAUGUGCCCGAGCAGGAGGACUUGGGACCUCUGGUGAUCUUUUCAUGUCGGCAUCUGUACCAUCAAGCGUGCUUGGGACAAGGCCGUGGAGAGCAGGGUGGGACACCGGAAUUGGUCUGUCCAGCGUGCGUAUAGCAAGCGAACGAAUGUAAUGAAGAAUACUUACAUAGACUCGUUCUUCAAUAAUCAGCCACCGUACCGGUUGAGCCGUGGAUUUGCCUCA